UUAUUUUUGCAGUACGUGUUAAACUAAUUUCAUUUGAAAUUAGUUAUUGAACACUCGACACUCGUUUAAACUAACAAAGGAACUGCGGAUCAGCUGUUGACCUACAGUUUACCAGUAGAUCUUACAUCCUAUUACUAGUAGGGCUCAAUAUAGUCCACCAUAGUUUGAAGUUAUGCUGGAGCAAAAUGGCGAUAUACUAUAUGGCCAGUUCAAUGGCGUUGCUGCAAUUAAAAACGACCUCAUUAUUGCUAGGUCAAGGAGUCUUUCAGUUCGUGAUGAGGAAAUGCUACGCCUCAUAGGCCAGUAUCUUUGUGACAAGGGACUUAAUGGCACAUAUACACAGCUUUCUAGAGAGUCUGGAAUCACCUUAGAACACAACGAUGCAACAGAGUUACGUCAUGCUAUUUUGGAAGGUAGAUGGUUUGAUGCUGAAGCCGCAAUAGACAAGUUAGCACCCAUGAUAGGGGAUCUAAACAGUGUUGAAGAAGUCCGAUUUUUGAUAUUAGAGCAACAAUUUCUGGAAAAUUUGGAAGCCAAUGAAGUAAUGCCUGCCGUUACUCUUCUACGCAAUCGUAUUACACCUAUGCAACGUAAUACAGAGCGAGUACAUACUUUAGCCAGUUGUCUGAUGUGUAGAACUGCUGUUGAACUCCAAGCACAAGCAGGUGGUUGGGCUGGAGUAGAUGCUGGCAGUCGUUUACAACUGAUCAAUCGAAUACAAGCCUUUAUACCAGCACAGACAAUGUUACCACCUGGGAGACUAGAAGAGUUGAUCAAUGAAUCUGUUCGUGCGCAGUUGGCUUCAUGCAUAUUUCAUAAUCCUCCGAUGGGUGUCCAAACUGAUAUAAAUAAUAUAUCAUUACUACAGCGUCAUUCGUGUGGCAUGCAAGAUUUUCCAGCAUUUUGUAUCCAAACUUUGGACCAUCAAAGAGAUUCUGAUCUAUGGUUUUGUCAGUUUUCUCCAGACGGUAGCUAUUUAGCAACUGGUGGUAAAGAUGCAAAUGUUGACGUUUGGCGUGUAGACUCUGUACGACAUGCUGUCUCAUUUUUCCGAGUAUUAACUACACCUGCAUAUAUCGGCUGUCUGUGUUGGUCACCUGAUUCUAAAAAAUUGGCAGCCUGUUGUGGAGAAGAACAAAGUUCGGUCCUAGUAUUCGAUGUAUUCAGUGGUCAACAAUUAUGCAGUCAGAAGGUAAACGAUGAAGAUGUCUAUUCAACUGCCUCAUUCUUCUCUGAUAGUCGUAAACUAGCUUUUGGUGGUUUGAAAGGGAGCUUCUAUGUAAUGGAUACUGAAGAUCAGGGUCGUGUACUCGCCGUGGUUGAAGGUUAUCGUGUACAAAGUAUGGCGGCUAUAUUCCCACCGAUACCAAGUAUGCUUUUGCCUAAUGGCACAGAAUCUGUCCAAGUCAACCCUCCACCAGAUAGAUCUACUCCAGGUGCACCAGAUUCGCCAGCAAAUGGGUUACUUCAAAAUGGUUCCACAAACGAUGCAGUGAAUAAUCGUUCAGAAAAUCAAAUUGACCAAUUGUUAGUUGCAGACAGCCUACAUAGAAUUCGAUUAUUUAGAUUUGGUUUGGUUUGUUCAAAUACGUCGUCUAGUAAUACAAAUACUACAGCAGAUACUGCUGAUAUACCAUUAAGUACAGUCACUACACCACAUGAAACUAGUACCACAUCUAUAUCGACUGUAACCAUUUCCACUCUGUCUGCUUCAUCUUAUGCUCAUACACCUGGUGAAGAGAUUACAACCAGUACAACUAUCGCGACAACGACAACUACUACUAGCAGUAGUAGUAUCAGUACUACUACUGCAUCAGCAUUAGCUGCCUAUUUAUGUUCAAGUGGGAGUGCACCAGGUGCUCCAACUUCCGUUAGUAUUUCUACAUCAGCUAGCAGUGGUACAACUAAUCCGGGUAAUGUUAGAAGUAGUGAUAGUAGUGAUAAUAACAACAGUAGUGUAAUAGCCACAAGUACUACAGGAGAAAAUCCUGGUGUAGCGACAGCAUUAGCUGUUGCACGCUUAGCACAACAGCAACAACAACGUUUAUUACAAUCAUCAAAUCCUAUGGCAACAACGAAUCCAGCAUCAACAUCAUUAACUGGUAAUUUAUCUUCAUGGUAUCAACAAUCUGGUGCAUAUCAAGGAUCAACAAGUUUAGCGUAUACAUCAAGCUCUUCUACAUUACCACCGGGUAUUUUAUUGGAUAUGCCCAUACUGCCUGUCAGUUUAACUCGUCUUGGACCACCCACAACUCAGGGUUUGCAAGCUCAAUUAGGUCUUCAGCCUAUAUUGCAUCCAACUGGUUCUUUGCAUGGUUCAAAUCCAUACACAGUUGUAUCAUCUGGUGCAAAUAAUCUAGGGACUACUGGUAGCAGUCUAACUAUUUUAUUCGGUGCUCCUUUGGAUAGAACUUCAGCUUCUUAUGCAACUACUCCAGUUGGUACUUCUGGUUCAGUAACAACUACUCCGACAGGUGUUCGAGCUUUAGCUGCUGCAGCUGCCGCGUUAGCCAGUGUAAACACUCGCCAAGUUCAUUCUGUCUCUAGUGGCACAACAAUGUUAACAGUGUCUACAUCACCUGAUAAUAGUGGAGUAGCUACAGGUCGUUCAUCUGUUUCCGUAACAAAUAUUGGCUCCACUGUAAGUACAUCUACUUCUAGUAUUGGUACUACUACUGGAUCCCCAUCUAAUCCAACUACAGUUUCAGCGUCUCUACCAGCAACUGGAUUUUCUACAUCAACAACAAGUACAACUACAAAUGCUCAUGCUAGUAGUCUGUCUACAAAUGGCAGUAAUUAUGGCUUAAUAGAUCAUAGAACUCUUUUUAAAGAAACUCAUCCUGUUCAAUCAAUUAUGAUUUCACGCUCAGGAACUAUGGCACUUCUUACUAUACAUAAAAUGGGAUUACAUUUAUGGGAUUUAGAAGCUUGUGCUAUUCUACAACGAUUUGUUGGGCAUAAACAAGAUACAUUUCGAUUAUAUUCUACAUUCGGUGGAGCUAAUGAAGAUUUUGUAGCUACAGGAAGUGAAAAUGGUCGAAUACAUAUUUGGCAUGUCGGUAGUGGUAGUCAUCCUAUACAUUCAUCGCCUGGUACGGGAAAUAGAGAUCCAAUUACAUGUGUUCAUUGGAAUCCAGUAUUGCCUACAAUGAUUGCUUCAGUAAAUGAUGCUGGUGAACUAUGCAUUUGGGGACCACAACGUUAUGCAUUAGGUAACGGUCAACCGAUGGAUUCGUCAACUUAAGUCUUCCACAUUCACAUACCUAUCCAUACUUGAAUUUUUUUUCGGUCUUAUAACCUACACUUUUCCCCUUUUUCAGUUAAUAUUUGCCGUCCACGACUAUUUUGUUAUUGGAUAACAAGCUCCUCUGGAAUCAAGCGUCACUCAUUUAUUUCUUCACAUAAGUAAACAACUAUAAUCUAUUAUUUUACAUGUGUCACUAUUAUUAUUAGCAGUAUCACUAAUAAUAGUAGUGUUUACACUGCCUAUUUUGAACUGUUUGUGGUAACUCUACGGAUGUGUGUGUGUGUGUUGUAAUAACCAAACGUUAUUAUUCUACAUGAACUUGAAAACUGGGUGGUAUUCUAAAACAACCAAUUUUUCCUACUAUAAUAAUAUUUCAAACUUUGUGUUCGUGUUUACCUUAUUGAAUUCCGCUGUACAAGUGUGCUCAACCCCAGUUUUUUUCAAAAAACGUAGUAAUUUCGGUUGUUUUAAUGAUUUUUGUUGGUUAUCACUAAUUUUUACUUCUUUUUUUUUAAUUAAACCAUUAAUUUGUUUCCUUUAGAGACAUUUUCGCACCAACCACUUACCCCCCCCUUCUCAAUAUAUGUACCUAUAUGUUUUCUUAUUCUACUUCUUAUAAUAAACAAAAUUUUGUUUGAAAAAAAAGUCAAAAUUGCACUGAAUCUUUUGAAAACAUUGUAUGCACACCAUAUUUUCCUGCUUGUAUGAAUUAACCUAGUUCUAUAGUUUCUUAUAAUACUACUUGUUCAAUAUUAUUUAAGUCAAUUCCUUUUAUUGGAAUAGACUAUUAUAAUGAUGACAUAUAUAUAUUUCCAUAGGUAAGAAACUUUCCUUUAGGUUUGUUCUUAAUAUAUAUAUAAUUACAGUGUUGGUGUCUAGGAUGGUUGCAGUUGAAACGAAACACUUGAAUUUUUUAUUAGUGAAACAAUUCCUUCUUUUUUUUUGUUCAGUCCUAUAUAUAUCGGACAAAAUUUCCUCCUUUUUUUUGUUAGAAAUAGGCAAAAAAAAAAGUCAAUCUUCAGUUAAUUAAAUACAGUACUGAUGAUAGGAUUUGUGUAUUUCAGAGGAGGAAAAGUUGUUAUUUCUAUCGAAAAAUAUAUGACUGUGUAUUGGAUGAGUAUAUAUAUAACUUAAGUGUGAUUAUUUUGUCAUAAUAAUAUAUUAUUCUAUUAUAAAUCAAUAAAACUAACUAUUAUUAUCAUUUUAACUUAUUAUUUAUAUAUCACACUAAUAGUUUAUUGAUACAAGUCCAUCUUGUGUUUUGAAAGGACUAUAUAUAUAUAUACUUAUCUGACUAUCCAUUUAACUAUUGUGUUUUUUUUCUGUGGUUCUAAAUACUUUGUUUUGAUUAUUAUUUUAUUCAAAAUAACUUGAAUUAUAUAUACUAUACUACACUACUGUUUUUUUUUUAAAAAAUAUAUACAUAUACGUUAAUACAAAUUAUUGUUUACUUCGCUUUGUUGAAUUUAAUUUAGUUACUCACUUAUCCAAAGGGCUAUUGUUCUGUAAAUUCACAUCAUUAGAUCGGAUGAAUCGAUAAGUGUUAUAAACGAUAGGAUACUUGUUACUAGUUAACGGUAAAAACCGAUGGAUUUAUCAACUUAAGUUUUACACAUUCACAUACCUAGCCAUACUUGAUUUUUUUUUGGUCUUGUAACCUUCGCUUACUUUUUAUAACGCUAGGAUUUUUUGUUAUAACAGUCCUUUUACUU